GCGCAAAGCGCGCCAGUGCCGCGGGAGCAUGUACCUAUCCGUCUUCGUCUCGCGUUUAAACCAGCGGCAUUACUAAGUAGAGAGCAACGGAUUCAAAAGCUCUCGCAGUCCAUGAUUGUACUACCGGCUGAUGGCAAGACAGUGGGCGAUAUAGCGCGGCACAUAUGGCUGAUAUUCAAUCUCGAAGAGAAAUGCUCCGCGGGCGUACGACUUGAGAUGGACGGGUUUUCUCUUCCGCCGAGUCAGCCAAUUUCGGUCUUUCGAGAUCUAGACACUGUAUGUGUUAAACGAGACGGGUCACGCCUGGAGGAGGAUGAGGUUGGUGAGAUCUUGGCGAUCGAGGGUGGGGAGCGAAUGGGAGCCUUAAUGAGUGCGGACCAGAAUGACAUAUAUGGGGUGGAGGAUGAUGCGACAAGAAAGGUUAACGAGCCCACCUCCUCAAGGAAACGAAGGCGAGAGGAGAUGGCGAUAGUGAUGUGGGAGAGACCACAAGGAGGAGAUGAUAAAGCUGGCAGGCAUGGGAAGACCGAGGGCAUGAAUGGUGGAGGGGAUGAUUAUGAUAGUGAGGAAGAGGAGGUAGAGGAGGAGGAGGAGCAGGAGGAGGAGGAGGAGGAGGAGGAGGAGGAGGAGGAGGAAGGGAGUGAGGACUCGGAACGCAAGGAGGAGAGGCGGUGGGAACACCGUAAGCUUUCUUCGGGUGAAAGGAGUGAGAGGAAUCUUCUGGCAGAAAGGCUGAAGGGCAAGGAUCACCUAAAGGGCGAGGUGAAGGAAUUAUCAGAGGGAAAGGAAGCAAAGAAAGAGGAGAAGGAAGCUAGGAAGAAAGCGAAGAAAGAGAAAGAGAAGGAAAAGACGAAAGAGAAGGACAAGGAGAAGGAGAAGAAGGAGAAAGAGAAGGAGAGGGAGAAAGAGAAGGAGAGGGAGAGAGAGAAGGAGAAGAAGGAGAGAGAGAAGGAGAAGAAGGAGAAAGAGAAGGAGAAGAAGGAGAAAGAGAAGGAGAAGAAGGAGAAAGAGAAGGAGAAGAAGAAAAAAGCAAGAAAGGCGGCGAAGGAAGACCAGGACGAGGAGCAGCUGGACAGACAGCACAGAAGAAAGGAGAAGAAGAAGAAGAAAGAUCUCGUGGAAGAAGCGCAUGCUGAGCGUAGUUGUAAACAAUUGCAGGACAUCACGGGGCACCGUAGCUCGCACUCAGAGAAGUCGAGUAAGAAACGCCCAAGGAUAGAAGCGGAGGAGAGAAGUGACACUGAAGAGUACAAGCAAGACAAAAAAGGGGACAAGCAGAGAACAGUGAAAACAAUUCUCAAGGGACAUGAAGAGAAGAAGGAACUCCAAGUUGAUGAGGCAGAGAAGGGGAGAAUGUUGGUAAGCAUCCAGAAGACACAGCCAGCUGGAAGCCCGAGUAAAGAUGACACGAAGCUGGUCCCUAGCAGAAGCGCUCGUCGCAGAUCGGCAAAGCGUCGGUAUCUUCGAGCCUUAGCAGAACAGGCCCAAUCAGUAGCAGCUGCCGCAGCGGUCGCUGCAGCUGCAAACACAGGAACAGUCCGUGAAACGGCAAGUGUAGUGGCGGUGUCUGCGGCAGGCUGUCUUGAAAAAUCUGCAACUCCUGCAACGACAUCGAGUAAGCAAAAGCAGAAUGAUAGAACUGCAGAGAGUGGGUCGAAGAAGUUAUCUGAUCAAAGAGCUGAUCUCGAUGUUGGAGAAAAGCAGAAUCGCAAUGACAAUGUCGACCCCCCAAUCGUUAUACGAAAGGGCCAUAUCCGAUUCGAGCCCCUUGGUGACGAUGAGGACCCGGAGCGAGGAAGACUACCUAUGCGACGCCACCUUAUAUAUUACAAGUCAGAGGCGCGCCGCGGCGAUGCCGCGGCAGGUGGGGCGCAGUGAGCUCUAGCUUCUCCUGCAGCUUCAACACCAGCUGACAGCAGCCGCUGGUGUAGCAGCACCAACACAGCUGCAGCAGCAGCUGCCACACGGGCACUUGAGCACCAACUGCAGCAGCAGUUGCAGCCGCGGCUGCAACUGUUGCCGCAGCUGGUGUUGCUGGCUGAAGUAGCAACAGAAGCAGCAGCUGCUGCUGCUGUAUUGAUCAACAUAGACAGUGCAGCGUGGACUCCAGAACUGUCUGAUCUCCGGGCAGGCACUGUUCUUUCCUAUGAACCCGAGUCGGAUGUCAUCACAUUGGCCCCUUGGCCAUCCACAGAUGACUUCUUACUUGCAGUUGGUCAGAUAAGCAUAAUAGAGCAAUCGGUGUCUGAAGAUCAGUAUGAAGGAGAACAGGAGCCGCUAGCACAAGAAGAGCAGGAGCUGAGAUAUUUCCCCCCUCCGUACUUGGACGAUGGCUUGCUUGAGACUCAUCUUUCUUCACUCAUGGACCUCCGCGUCAUUUCCUCAGCGCCACAGGAUACGUCUGUUCCGCAUGAUGUUUUUAUGGCACACGAUGUGGUGGUCCCACAACAUGAGAGCGUGACCGAGCAGCCAGGGAAUGGAAUUGCAGCAGCAGCUCCUCUUGAGGGUGAUUCUCUUGAGAGCGUGGUCCCCCACCAUGAGAGUGUUCAAGGUGAGGCAAACGGGAUCGUGGUCCCACAGCAGCUCCAAGUGAAGCGUGAAUGCGGAGAGGGAAGCGUGCGAGCAGGAGUUAGUGGUGGUGAGAACUCUCUGUUUAAUGGUAGACCAUCAGGUGCCGAGGCGGAUUUCACAAGCUCCGACCGUCUCACAGAUGUUCAUGGGUAUCCCAACCCAUCAACGUUGACGCGAGCCCGCGACUCCAACGGACAGAACGGGGAGUCUAUUAGCUCUAAGAUGGAACCGAAGAAGGAGACGGAAUUGCAGUCGGUUGAGCGUGACUUCAACGGAGGAGCCGAAACCGAAAGCUCAUUGUCGUCCAAGGAAGAUAGAACGCAGGUUGGCUCUGCCACAGGAGCCACGAAACCUUUUCCUGGACUGCAGUCUGUACCUGGAACACAAUUUUUUGUUCCUCCUCCAAAUGCCGUUCCAGCAUCACCAGGCUUGGUGCCUGCGGCGGACCUGCAGAGACUUGACAGGGAAGUGAAGGACCAUGUCCUCUCUCGUCCGGCAUGCAAAGGUGUGAAAUCCGCUAUUCAAGAUGCGAAACCGUUCGGAGAAGGAACCGUUGACGGUCUGCCCGGGUCUGUUGCAGGACCAGCGAAUGGCGUUCCUGGACCAUUAUCCGGUCGAGGUUCAGCGCAUGCAUUCUCAGAUUCUUCGCGGUCAAAAGGAUUGACACCUGUAUCUGAGCCACAGGGGGCGGUCUUGAAUGAGCGGCAGGCUGUACGUGAACCGGAAUCUGUUCCUGGAUCACAAUCUGCACCUGGACUACAAGCUGGUCCCGAAUCGCAGUCUGUUCCGGCAGAUGCGUCGGGUGCAAACUCGGCGGCAUGCACGCCAGAUCCGAACUCCCAGGUGGUUCUGAGUACGGUAAAAGUCGAGCCGGCAGCCGGAGCGUCGCAAGCUGAAGCACAGGGCUGGAAACCGUUCGGGCAGUGGAAGAGUGUCGCGAGCGAGCUUAAGCGGCGAAGAGAAGAGAUCAGGAAGGCAUCGGAGAAUCCGGCCAUCCAGGGGAGCGAAGACGCCACGACGACUGUGAGGCCGCGAAGGACUCCAAGGGCGUGUGGAGUAGGAGGGCUGCUGUCAAAAUUGCGCAGCGAGCAGGGGCUUUGACCAAAAAGGGAGAAAGGAGUUGUGCUGCACGGAGGAACUAACAUGUUGACCAUGGUGAGAUGAGCGAUGGCUAUGCGCUAUGCGUCUAUCUGAUAGCUAUUUUUUCAGGAUUGCUGUUUCUACCUUUCGUCGCAGCCAUAGCUAUUCACGGCGAUUGCUGAACAACGAGGUAAGGUCACUAAGGUGUACUUUUGAACUUUGAAGACAGCAGCGGUAUUCAGCCAAGCUUAGGCGUGAAAAAUAGAGUGAGUUUUUGAAAAAAAAAAAAAAAGAUAGAGCGAGAAACGAAGAAAAUUCAAGAAAUAUAGCAAACAGCUCACUCAAUUUAGCCAUGCAGCUCAAUGAAGUGUCUGAUUGUCCUUGAUGAAGUCAAGUUUGUGAAAUAGCACUUGUGUACCUCUGGUGUUUUGUUUUGUUUUGUUUUGUUUUUUUUCCCAAAAAGGGAGACAACCAUGAGCUAUUUGUCUUUGAAAUUUGAACUGAUCGGCCCCAGGUAAAAAUUAGAGUGUUAUUUUUUUAACUCUAUAUGUUUACGUUGGAGUUCGAACUCAGGUCUGUUUUUCAACAGUUCAUGGGUGUACCCACUGAGCUAGGCUAGGGUAGUUGGUCCGUCAGUUGUUUUGCGACAGAAAAAGCGGGGAAAAAAACAGAUCCAUCACUUUACACAUGCAGCUAGAUGAAGUGUCUGAUUUUCAUUGGCCAAGUCAGUAUGCAAAAUUGUGCUUUAGUGUACCGGUACUGUUUUGCGGGUGGAUUCAUUUGUAUUAUCUUGUGAAUUGAGGAAGGUGGGGAGUGUGUUGUUGUGAUGUGCCUGAAUAUUGUCGAAAGUUGGUUAAGCGAAAGUUAUUGGACUUUGCGGACUUCGAUAAACAUUUUGAACGUUU